AUGAAACUGAAAGGGAAAAAAAAGAUCUCCGUGCGAAGCGAUGGUGCGGAAAUGAAAUACCCCAACUGCAAGCAGGAAUGUGCCGUCUCGAGAAUGCAGUAUUAUGGAGCAAAUGACAAUUUAAGGCUUGCGAGAGAAGAUCUAUCUACCUCAAUUCGCGUGGACACAAGGGAAAUCGACCGGCCUCAAAAGAUUGGCAACUUUCUCAGCUUGACACGAACUCGCCAAUAG